UAAAAUGGAUUGUGUUGAUCUAUCGAAUGAUAAAUUGCCACCCAAUCCCCUGUCUUUGGUCUUUCUGCAUUUUUAUUCGGUUCUAGUUGGCUAUUUCUGCCUCUCAUCUUGGCCGUGGUCUACUUCUCUGUCGGCAAAAGGGAUGGCGACGGCGGAUCGGAGGGUAGGGGUGGCGGUGGACUUCUCGGCUUGCAGCAAAGCGGCGCUCCGAUGGGCGGUCGAAAACGUCGUCCGCCCCGGCGACCACCUCAUCCUCAUCAACGUCCAGAAGGAGGUUCUCUACGAGGAGGGCGAGAUGCAGCUCUGGGAGGCCACCGGAUCCCCACUUAUCCCACUAGCUGAGUUCUCUGAUCCUGGUGUUGCAAAAAAGUAUGGGGUGAAACCUGAUGCUGAGACCUUGGAUAUCCUCAAUACUGUAGCCAGGCAGAAGGAGCAGAUUGUGGUUAUCAUGAAGAUCUACUGGGGGGAUGCCCGUGAAAAGAUUUGUGAAGCAAUUGAGAGUAUUCCAUUGAGCUGUCUGGUCAUUGGGAAAAGAGGGCUCAGCACGGUCAAGAGGAUACUCAUCGGCAGUGUCAGUAACUAUGUGGUGAAUAAUGGUACCUGCCCAGUCACAGUUGUCAAGAGUCCUGAACAUGAAGGCUAGACACUCUCCUUUUGUUCUCUGGAGGUCAGCUUGAGCUUUAAUUUCGUAGAGAGCUCAGAACUUUGUUCCUUAAAUAAGAACUUGAUUUCUGGUUUGUGCCAUGUACUUAUGUUUCAUGAGGAAUGCGUCUGUUGUAACUUAUGAAUGUAUAUGACUGUUGUAUGUGUUGGCUAUGGUUUUGCCUAACUGUUACGUUGAAUAUCUGUUAAAAAAAUGUUGGAGUGAGUUCUUUCUCAGGUUGUAUAUCUCCA